AUGUCUGUUUACUCACAGAUGAACUCAAACAGUCGUUUAUCAUUCCUCUCUAUCUCGUCUCUCCUCUUCUCUUCCCUUCACUCAAUUGCUGAUCUUUCAUCUCGCAAUACAUCAAGCUUCUUUGCACCAAGCCUCGCUUUCUUUCAUCCUACCGAGUGCCUCUUUGCUUUUUGCAACGAAACAUCUUCCGGUCAACGUCUCGUAAGUUGCGGUAUUUCGCUUCGUGGCUCUGAUGAUCUUGCUGCUAACCUUUUUCCAUCAGAUUCCCUGCCCACCUCUUCACCUCACCAACACCAUCUCGCAUCAGCCGGUAAGUACCUUGAUUCAUUCCACGCCAUCUACAUCCUCUCGAACAAUUGUCUGACUGAUAUUAGCUUCAUCAUGUCGGACUCUUCCAUCAGAGAAACCAUCGAAUUCGAUGAUAGCACUCCCAGCUUGACCGAGCAUGUCGACGAUGCGACCGACGUUGGGAACGACCAUACUCCCAGUCCCGGCGACGAUGACGAUGAUUCCUUCGGCGAAGAUUUCGAUAACGCCGAUUCCACCAGCCCGAGUACCUCCGAAGAUGAAGCCAACGAGUCCCUUCCAGCCGAGUCCGAUUCCCGCACCCUCGCCGACGACAACCAUGGUUCCCCUUCGCCCAAGACUAGUCGACUCUCCCAACUCUUCACCAACUUCGCCGAUGAAUUCCUCGACAUUGUCGAAGAAGACGCCCAAGAAGCUGUCAUCGCAGCCGCCCGGGCUCAGAAUACCGAUCUGGGCAAGAUGGUGAAGCAGCAUGAUCACGAAAUUGGCAACCUGAUGGGUGAGUUCUACGAUCAUGUCUCUAGCCAUGAAAAGACGUCCAAGGCAGAGUCGGAAAACGUCAGAGGCGAGAUGAAAAGCCUUAAACGUUCCAUCGACAAGAGGGAUCAGAGUCACAUCGCAUUCCAAAACGAUGUCAGCGACCGAUUCGCCAGCCUGGAGCAGAGCGUUGUCGACCGUAUUCUUUUUUUGGAGAAGAUUACCAGCAGCCGAAUGACUCGUCUUGAGAAGAACAUCAAUGCGAGGUUUGCUUCUCUGGAACAGAGCAUGAAUGACCGAUUUGCCGAGCUUGAGGAGCGCAUCGAUUAG